AUGAUGGUUCAUCAGGGAUCGCCAGCCGCCGCUGCGUACAAUUUCCCGUCAACGUCGCUGCCGCUGCCCACCGACGCCGCCCACCAGCGUGGCCUGGGGCAGCCCGCCAGCGGCGCAGCCACCACCACCACCACCGCCUCCGCCGCGCCCCAGGCCCCCCAGGCCCCCGCCGACCAGGCCUUUGCGCCGUGCGGCAGCGCCAGCUACAGCGCCAGCUACAGCGCCAACUCGGACGCCUGCACCGCCAUGCUCCUCCCCCCCCCCGUGCUGGGCAAGAGGAAAGCAGAGACGCAGGACAACGAACAACUGUCCAAGCGAUUGAGUCUGCUCAACCUGGAAAAAGGCGGCUCCAAGCUCUACGUCCCCGUCGAAUCGCCCGCCCCGGCCGGGCUGACCACGCGCAAUGCCCCCGACAACAACAACAACAACAACAACAACCACGACGACGACUCGAUGAUGCAGCUGGACCACUCCCAGCACAGGGUGUACAUUUACAACCUGGACGACGAGCUGUCCUCCGAAAGCGGCCACGACGACGACGACGACGCCGACGGUAAGCUAAUCCUGCUGCCCGACGUCGAGAAACACCUGCGCGAGCGCCGCAUCCCCCCUCACGUCCUCGCCAACAGCCAGGGCCAGCUGGCAGGCAUGCAUAUGCAGCUGGUGCCGUACAGCGACCCCAAGUCCCUGACCGUGCCGGAGGAGCACGACAGCGUCAGAAAGGCCAUCAUCGAGGCGAGGCAGCGGGCCAGGGACAAGCAGCGGCUGGAGCGCGAAGCGACGCCCUCGACGCCCUUCCCGACAGUGUCCACGGCGGGCGUCGUCAUGUCGAGCGCGGUUGACAAGGGCGACGAGAUGGACAUUGAUUGA